UUAUCUACUUGCAUUUGAAAUAGUGUACUCUACCCUAAAAUUUUAUUGUUUUCGUCCGGUUAGUUAUAAAGUCGAUGUCACAGAACUCGAAUUUACGAUAGGAGCUAUUCGAAUAAACAGCCCAAAAUUUUGAACCCCGUUCAUUCACAAUGGACAGAUAGAAUUGCUGUCAAAAAACAGCAGAUUGCACUAAUGUAAACGCGGUGAAGCGCAAUGGACUUCGCCGCUGGGGUUUUUACUACAAGACGGCUGUCAAACUUCGAUUUCACGUUCUCAUGUAUUGGAUGUGCGAUUGACAACAACGGGUCGCCGUCGGUCACUGGAUAUUUGUCGCCCGUCGUCUAGAAGUGGGGAGUUUAUCUUGCGAGGAAAUUUAUUUUCUCAAAGCCGUAUGUCGUCCCUUUCGAGGAUUUCGGGGUGCUGCUGAGCACUUGUAUUUGUUGACACGCGCGUCUAUCCUAGUUCUGUUGACGCGAAAUUAUAUAACGAAGGCAAAGGACGUUGAAUUUCUUCGAUUGGUUUCAUACCCGUCACACUGCCCUCCAUAGUGAACAAAGCAGCGAAGGAAUGAUCCUUCUGGCUGACUCGUGGCGUCAGUUUCCAGCGGAAAAUUCGUAGCAAAAAUAAUCGGGUUUGGUGAGAAAUGGCGCUCUAGUUCCCAAACAAUCGUGAACGGGAGUGUUGACGAAGUAUUUACAGUUUCCUAUAACAAAUCUGUUUGCGUCGGCGCGGCAGAGUGCGGUGUUGUUGAUACUUGUUGUGUACACAGUUGGCGAAAGUAAAAAUGAUGCCUAGCGAGGUUGUAACAGGAAAAUCCACAUCAGAAAUCGAAAACGUUGAGUGGACGGCCGGGACCACUGCAGGCAGCACCCAGUACCAGGCCAGGUUCGGGUCAAGCAGCAGCCAAGCCUCACAAAGCAGUGGUGAUAUAUGUCGGAUAUGUCAUUGCGAGAGUGACACAUAUAAUCCUCUUCUAACACCUUGCUACUGUUCGGGCAGUUUAAAAUACGUCCAUCAAUCCUGUCUUCAGCAAUGGCUGACAGCGUCAGAAACCAACUAUUGCGAACUGUGCAAGUUUCCAUUUAUAAUGCAUACAAAAAUCAAACCUUUCAAUGAGUGGAGAAGUCUUGAAAUGUCAGGGGUUGAAAGAAGACGGCUAUGUUGUGCUGUGUUAUUCCACUGUGCAGCCGCCCUGUGUGUUAUUUGGUCUCUCUGUGUUUUAAUAGAACGAGCAGCGGAGGAGGUCAAACGUGGCCUGAUUGGUUGGCCAUUUUGGACGAAACUAGCUGUAGUCACUGUAGGUUUAACAGGAGGUCUUGUAUUUAUGUACAUACAAUGUCGACAAUAUCUUCAUUUGUGCCAUAGGUGGAGAGCCCGAAACAGAAUUCUACUGAUCCAAAACGCCCCAGAGAAAAUGCAUCCUCCAUCACCACCAAUGACAACACGAAAUAUUCCUCGUAACAAUAGUGCAACCGCAGCAUCAGCGACUGUUUCAAAUAGUUAUAACAAUAGCGCCUGUGGCUAUACGUCCGCGUCUUCAAACCGCCCAAAUUAUAAACAUAAUCAAAACUGCUUGCCUCAGGGGCAAAUUGUAGCAAACAUUGAAAAUAAUUCCCAAAAUUACGAACGCGAUUGGACAUUAGACGACGUAAGUCAAAUCUCUUCGUUCCGGCCAUGUGCACAAGGUUCGGGAAGCAUGACGCCAUUCCAUGACUCCUUCCACAAUGUCCCGAAUUCGCAAAGUAGUGAUGUCUCGUUAAAUGGAUCGCAACAUGAUUUGAAUAAAGGAACGGAAUCGAAUCCUUGUGGGAGCAGUGAACGAGUGACUAGUGAAUAUCAAACGCGCCCGUCAACUGUAGCUUUAAAACCAACUUCUAUAAAUACGGAAAUGACAUCCAACACGAAAUAUCCGAACUCAUCAGUAUUUCUAGAGAAUCGUGAUAUACUUGAUGAUUGCGGAUAUCCGAAAAUUGCCUAUAGACACUCAAGUAUCCUAACAUCACCAGACAUUAGCGAUAAUUUGGAUAAGAUUCUAGGCAAAGAUUUACGGCGUUAUUCUGACACUAAACUUCUUAAUUGUGAAAAUAAUGUACUUAGUCCAAUCUUCAACGUAGCUCUGAACGCAGAACCGAAUACUUUUCAUCAACAGUCUCCGAAGUAUCUUCAUCGUGGGCGCGAGCAGCCAACGCCGAAAGCGAAAAGUUCUAGGAAAACGGGAGAUAAUGUAUUGAAUGAAGGGCAGGAAAUUACGGAUAUAAUCUUUGAGGACACUCACAAGUUAGAUCCCCUGGAGUUCAACAUUCAGGAAAUGUUAGAAAUGGACACUAGGCAUGCAAGCAGUAGUAAUUGCCAAUUCGAUGGACAUCCGAAUUCAAGUAGUAACAACUGCAAUAGUCAUAGCGAUAAAAAGUCAAGGCAUUCACUAGACACCGCUGUUGAAAGGACUGAAGCUGAGGCUGACGACGGUUUCGAUCGUUCGAGACUAUUUUUCAAGUCAUUGCCAAAUUUAAGUAGUAGCUGUGAAAGUUUGAUCAAGAAAUGAACGAAGAUUCUACUUUUUAAGUUCUAUAACGACUGCGGUAAAUUAAAGAGUUCUCUAUAUAUUUUUGAUUCGAUUUUACGUUCGUAAUUUCCUUUAGAUAUGCCUAUAUUACGGUUAGAAAGUAGUAGUUGUAUUAUUGUAUAAAACCUAGUAAGUAAAUUUUAAACACAAACAUUAUAACAAGAAAGAUCAAACUGUAGAGUAAUACGCUGUGAUAAGAAUUACGUUUUUGAGAAUUUCUGUUUACAUUUUAACGUUCGUAACAAUACGUAAUAUACUAAUUUGUCUUUACACAUAUGCUUUAGAAUAAUGAUUCAGAAAUUUCGCUCAAUCGUCCGGUAAUUCAAAACUAAAACUUUCGGUUGUUGGCAAUAGUGUACUCAACAAUUAGACAGCAUUUGGAAACAUACUGUGCGGAUAGUUAUUUUUCGUUUUAUCUAACCAAAAAUAUAUUUUUUUCUCAAAGUUGGAGUUGGUGAUCAUGAUAAGAAUGUGUGUUCCUUUGAUCUGAUCCUCCUUUUUGAAAAAAUCGUUAAAUUUAUUAAAUUUACAACUUUUUGAUGUCUGGUUCUGUUUGAAUAAUUUUGCCAAUAGUGUAAUAGUCCAGGUUUCGAAAUACAUAGGCAGGCGAAAUUUAUGCAGAAAGUUUUGAUAACUCCUGUAAUUUUGAGGGCUUUCUUAAGCUUGAGGUCUUGUAUACUCGUGCAGUUGUAUUGUCUUGUCUACUUUGAUAAUAUAGAUUGCCGUCUAUCGGCAGCCGAUUUUAAGCAUUCGGAUUUCAUUCACUUAUAAGCGUUUUCGCAACCAGGGCAACCCAGAGGGCCUCCUUCUUUCAAUGGGUUCGUUGCUUCGGUGUCGUUUAGAAAGCGACCACGGUUAUCUUUUUACUACUUCGUUCCUAUAAUAUAUCCUUUUCUAGAUUCUCUUUAUCCCAAAUAUCUAUAUUCCUUAUUUUGCAUCAUUUCACCAAAUUGAUAUCGUAAACACUAAUAUUAUUUUCAUAUAGUCCUAGGUGCCCUGAACUUUUUUACGACCCCACUAGCUAAAGUGUACAUUAAAAUUUGCAUGCGUUGAUAUUGUUGCCAUCGAAACAACUGAAUUAACAAAUUUAAUUUGGGUGUGCAAAUGACAACAGCUAGUGACAGCGUUACAGAUUGACAAAUAAACGGGAAACGAUGAAUUAGUGGCAAAUUCGUCAUUGUGUUGAGAGUUUGUGAGCUAGCCGGUAUCAUUCGGCGGUUGCUUACUAAUGCUUCUAAUUUUAGAUUUGAAUUGAAGUAUUUUUUACAUCGAGCUAAAGAAAGGAGCUUCCCCGAUCGAAUCUCCUCAUAAUGCUGUUGUGGAUCUGCUGAGCAAUAGAUAAUAUUGCCGAUGGGAAAAUAUUUCGAACUUACUUAUUAAUUCGGGGCAGAUACAAAGUGAGGCGAGAGUAGAACCUCGGUUGAACUUGGGUGUCGAUCGGUUUUUAGCUCAAGCCCCUUCAUAGAUAUAUGUAUUUGUUGGAUAUUAGAAGCAGUUUUGGGAAUGCCGACAGCUGAAACGAAGUAUGUUAUAUUCAAUAUUCUGUUAUUGUUGCUUCUUCGUAUGUGCGAAAUUGAAAAUCCUAUUUAUUUAAAAUCACAAUCGACGAUGACUACAUUGGAAGUGGUAGUACAAUAUUUUAGCAAAUUUCCUUUCUCACUGCCAUUGGAGUGUUUUCCCAAACGCAAAGGAAACUUACGAAAUUAGUUUGGAUAGAUAGUCCUAGUUUGAGUUUGUUUGUUUUGAUGUGAUGUUGACGUUUCACUUGCUGGAAUUGGAAAGUUAAUGAGUUGAUUUAUCCCAUUCGACGGUUAAAAAAGUUUGUGGGGAAAUAGCUGCGUGUAUUAGAUCAGGAUGAUGUUUGGAUUAAUUAAUGAGAACAACAAUUGCAACCACCAGAUAUAUGUAUUUGGAAAUGUUUUAGAAUGUUGUUCUUAAUUCGCACAUCCACGAAAAAGCUCAUCCGAAAUAAUAUCAGAAAACACAAAUCCAUAAUAUUCAAUAAUACGAACGAAACGUUCUCGAUUACGCCUUUUUGCGUUAAGUGGUUUUUAGGAACCUAAAAAUACAAAUAGCAUAUUCCAUUUGAAAGCGUUCAUUAACAAUUUUUGUUUUCAAAAAUUUGAAAUUAUACCGUAGAAAAGGGGAAUUAUGAUCCCAAUGUAUCAAUUAUGGACAAUUGUUGAGUAUUCAAUCGGUAACGGUCACUUGAAAAUCAGUUAUGGACACCUCUGCUUUGGGAUCUGUCUGAAUAUUUUGGAUAUAAGUUUUUAAUCUGUAGGAUAAAAAUCAUAUUAUUGGAGGCUCUAGAAGCAACAUUCAUCAAAAAUUUUUAUUUUAGGAACAACAGAAAAGUUGUGAAGAAAAAAUCAUUUUAUUUAAUAACGAGUGAUAUAAUAUGCAAAAUAAAGUAAUAAAAUAUUAGUGAAAAUAA